AUGUUUCAACCAUGGCAAAAACGUUUAAUGAAGGAAAUUAAACUUUUGGUAACUGAACCACCAAAAGGAGUACAGUUAUUGGAACCUCCAAUGACAUCUGAUCUAAGAAGUUUAAAUAUUACUCUUUUUGGUGCUCCAAAUACACUUUAUGAUGGGGAACAUUUUGAAUUACAAUUUCAAUUUAAUGAACAUUAUCCUUUUCAUUGUCCUCAAGUAACUUUUAUCGGUGAUAAUAUACCUAUUCAUCCACAUGUAUAUUCUAAUGGACAUAUUUGUUUAUCUACCUUAUCUGAUGAUUGGACACCAGCUUUAUCAAUUAGUGCAAUUUGUCUUAGUAUUUUAUCAAUGCUUUCAAGUUGUAAAAAAAAAGAAAGACCCCGUGAUAAUGCAAUAUACGUUAAAACAUGUAAUAAAAAUCCAAAUAAAACUCAUUGGUGGUUUCAUGAUGACAAAAUAUAA